AUGAAAGUCAAAGAUGCUUUAGAAGAAAUCAAGCCAAGAAUGAUACUAACAAGCCGAGGGCAUCCAACAAUUGAGGUUGAUUUGAUAACAUCAAAAGGUGUUUAUAGGUCUUCUUGUCCGUCAGGUGCUUCUCGAGGCUCCAAAGAAGCCGUGGUGGUUUCUGACGGAGGGAAGUCCUAUAAUGGAAGAGGAGUUAAGACUGUAAUAAACAAUAUUAAUGAGGUUGCAACAAAAAGUAUAUUUGAGCUGGAGUGUCCUGUUGAUGAUCUGCAAGGGAUAGACGAUUGCUUAUUGAAGCUGGAUGGGACAAAAGACAAGUCGAGAAUUGGAGGAAAUGGAAUAAUCGCACUUUCCACUGCAUUCUGCAAAAUGGGUGCAGCAUAUUCAAAUAGACGAGUUGACGAAUUCCUUUCGGACAUAGGAAUGUUCAAAAGAAAGAUUCCCAUUCCUCACUUCAAUGUUUUAAAUGGAGGGAUUCAUUCUGGAAAUAAAAUGGAUGUCCAGGAAAUAAUGGUUGUAUAUCAAUACGAUGACUUAGAGAAAAAUAUAGAGUCCGGAUGCGUGUUUUACGAAUCUCUAAAGAAAACAAUAUCUGAAAGGUACGGUGCCUUAUAUACCUCGGUGGGAGAUGAAGGGGGGUUUGCACCGCCAAUCGAGAAGCUAGAAGAAGGAUUGGAGCUGGUGUUAGAGGCAUCCAGAAGAUGCAAAAGAACAGAAAUGAAAAUUGCCAUUGAUUUUGCAGCCAACGAAUUCCUAAGAGACGGGAAAUACCAUCUCGAUGGUGAAGUUUAUACAACAAGAGAUCUAGGAGAAAAAUACAUGAGAAUUCUUAGGGAAUAUCCUCAGAUAUAUAGUCUCGAGGAUCCAUUCUCUGAAGAGGAUUAUGAUGGAUGGACAUGGAUAAACUCCGAGGUUGGAAACAAAAUCAAUAUUGUUGGGGAUGACUUGACUGUCACCAAUCCGCAACUUGUCGAGAAUGCAGGAAUAAGAAAAAUGUGCAAUACACUCUUAGUAAAACCUAACCAGAUAGGAACAGUUAGCGAAACAAUAAAUGCAAUAAAGGUGGCUCGAAGACAUGGAAUGAAAAUCAUGGUUUCUCAUAGGAGCGGAGAAACAGAGGAUCAUUUUAUAAGCGAUCUCUCGGUGGGUGUUGGGGCAGAAUACAUAAAGUCAGGUGCACCCUGUCGGGGAGAAAGAGUUAGCAAAUAUAAUCAGCUCUUGAGAUUAAACGAGUAUUAG